GAGGAGGGACGAGAGAGGAGGAGGAGGAGGGAGGAGGAGGAGGAGAGUUCCCGCGUCCUCUCGGAGAGGGCAGCGAGCGCGAUCAUGGCUUCUGCGACGAGCAACAACGGGGAUCUGGGACUCGAGAUUAAGACGCGUUCCGUGGAGCAGACGCUUGUCCCGUUGGUGGCACAGAUCACGACGCUCGUGAGCCACAAGGAGAAGUGGCACAAGUCGGAGCGGUCCGUGCGGGCGGUGCGGCGCGUGGGCCAGUCACUCUCCGUGGCCGUGGAGCGGUUCGUGGCGAUUGGCGAGGCCAUCGCCGAGGAGAACCCCGAGCUGCGGCCGGAAAUGAGCCUGGCGUGCCGGGAGGCCCGAGCCGCAGGGGAAGCUAUAAACCGACUGACAGAGGCCUGCGCUACGGACGGCCCUGACUUGGAAUCCCCCCGGCCGCCUGGCUCUGCAACGCCAUUGUCUGCCCCGCUUCUGUCCGAGCGUGGCGUCCUGGCGCGCUCCGCUCGCCUUCUGCUCUCGUCGGUCACCAGAGUCCUCGUCCUUGCCGAUCGCGUUGUCAUCAAACAAAUCGUCACCUCCAGGAGCAAGGUCCUGGCAAGCCUGGAGCGCUUGGAAAAUGUGGGCAGCUUUCAGGAAUUUGUUCAGGUGUUCAGCCAGUUUGGCAACGAGAUGGUGGAGUUUGCUCACCUCACGGGUGAUCGCCAGAACGACCUGAAGGAUGAGAAGCAGAAGGCACGCAUGGCUGCGGGCCGUGCGGUUCUGGAGAAAUGCACAAUGAUGCUGCUCACGGCCUCCAAGACAUGCCUGCGGCACCCCGACUGCGAGUCUGCGCGCGCGAAUCGCGAUGGCGUGUUCGCACGCACACGGGCGGCCAUGGAGCAGGUCGCCGACAUCGUCACGGACGUCGCGGCCAACGGAGAGGCGAGCGUCAGGGCCCUGUGCAUCUACUCGGCCAUUCGUGACUUCAAGGCUUUCCUACUUGAGGCUGGCUGUGCCGACGAUGUGACUCCCCUGCUGCAGCUCAUCGUGGAGCAGACGGAGGACUUCACGGACUCGCCAUACACCAGCCAUGAGCGGCGCGAGCGCAUCCUGCAGAUGGUGGCGCAGGCUCAACAGGAGACGUUCGCAAUGAUGUCGCUCUUCGCCAAGCAACAGUGCAGGGGCCCUAGCGGGAGAGAGGAGCUGGAUGCGGCCAUAUCCAGGACCUCCCAAUGCAUGGAUGAAAUAAGGAAGGAGCUGCACGUAACAGCCGUUGAAGUGGCCGCUGAGAGUCUCCGUGCAAACGGUGAUCACGCACUGCUCCGAGCCCUCAAGACGGCUGGCGCCGAUGGAAACCUGGAGCUGACAUCAGAGUUUGCGGCUCGGUUGCAUGAGCUGCGAGAGCAGCUCUUGGAGACAUCGCAACUUCUAAGGCAUGUGUCUGGCAUGGAGCCACUGGAGAUCACGUGUGCACAUGCCGAGAAUACCUUCCGUGCCAUCGGACCACAGAUUAUCUCAGCCGCACAGACGCUGGCUCUCCAUCCGUCCAGUAAGAUCGCACGGGAGAACCUCGACGUUUUCUGUGAGUCCUGGGAGUCUCAGCUGACUGACUUGGCAGUCCUCAUCAAGGAGAUCACAGAUGUCUUUGAGGGACGGAGAGGUGACAAACGGACACACCUGUCACUACCAAGGCCAGGGAAACACAGCUCAAACCUCAAGCCAGUCAAGCCAGUGAAGCUGGAUGCAGAGGAGCAAGUGAAGAUCGCCAAGCUGGGCCUCGAGCUGCGUCUGCUCACGGCAGACGUCGACGCGGAGACAGAGAAGCUGAGCAGCCGUGAUGGUGGUGGCGAGGUUACCCAGCUUGUCCAGAGCUUGUCCUCCAUGGUCUACGCAAUCUACCUCUUCACCAGGGGUGAAGGUCUGCUGAAAACUACCAAUGACCUGUUCCAACAAGCCGAGGUUUUUUCUGAAGAGGGAAUCAGAUUAUGCACAGCCCUGCGGACAUUCUCCAUGCUGGUGCCCGAGGAAGAUGAUCGCUCACUGCUGCAGGUGGAAGCAGGGCGGCUACCAGCCUUGUGCCAACAGAUACAACUUGCCUGCCGCACGCCCACGCACGGCAAGGUGGCUACUUACACAAAGGUGGACAGUACUAUUCAGGAGACAAAAAAUGUGUUGCUGCUGGUUCUGUCCAUCGUGUCUUUGUGCCACAACCUCUCCAGAAAGUACAAGAGCUGCAACCAGAACUCAGCUCAGCGUUGGAAUGGCGAGGCAUCAGCAGGCAGGAUCACCUCACCACCUGGCAACGCCACUGUCAACGGCGAUCUGCGCACCACCAAAGGGCUUGAACAGAGGAUGCUUAACCUCGGCGUUUCAGAUGACAAGUAACCCCUUGUUACUGCAUCCUCUUAAAUGCACGGGCAGUGGGUUGUGAAGAAAUACAUUGAAGGGGAAAGGAACAAAGGGGUAACAAUCUAGAAAUAGGGAGAAAGGAAAGAGGAGAGAGGAGAGGUGAUCUGGGUUGGGUUAUGAAAUAAUUAAUAAUAGAGUCCAAGUGUUUCAAUGCUUAAAUAAGUGUUGGGAAGUGCUCAUCUCUAUUGGCAGUCCUGAACGCAUUCUAGUAAUUCCACAUUCCUAUACCAGGAGUCAAUCUCCCAGAGUGUAACUGCUGUUGACUUCUCACAUUACUCGUCCAGUACUGACACUUGCAGUGACUAUUGCCCUGAUUUAAAAAAAAACAAGCAUUGUUGAUUUUGCCUGUAAUUGGGCAAGUAGGUCUUGAGAAGCAUUUCUUCUGUCAGCUGUUAUACUGGUUGUUGUGUUGUCUAGUUGGGCAGCUCACCUUUGGCCAAGCAGAUAUUUAUUAAAGCAUUUAC